CAUCCAGCCAUGGGGGACAUGAAAACCCCAGAUUUUGAUGACCUUCUGGCUGCUUUUGACAUCCCAGACCCCACCAGCCUUGAUGCCAAGGAGGCCAUCCAGACCCCCAGUGAGGAAAAUGAGAGUCCUCUUAAACCUUCAGGCAUGUGUAUGGAUGAGAGUGUGUCCUUGUCUCACUCAGGAUCAGCCCCAGAUGUGCCAGCCGUGAGUGUCAUUGUCAAGAACACUAGCCGCCAGGAGUCAUUUGAAGCAGAAAAAGACCACAUCACUCCCAGCCUUCUACACAAUGGAUUCCGGGGCCCGGACCUGCCUCCAGAUCCCCAUAACCUGGGACACAACUGUGGGAAGUUCGACUCCACUUUCAUGAAUGGAGACAGUGCCAGGAGUUUUCCUAGCAAGCUGGAACCGCCCAAGUCAGAGCCAUUACCAACCUUUAACCAGUUCAGUCCCAUCUCCAGCCCUGAACCUGAGGAUGCCAUCAAAGACAACGGGUUUGGGAUGAAGCCCAAGCACUCUGACAGUUAUUUUCCACACCCUCCUGGGUGCGGGUCUGUGGGUGGCUCAGACUUGGAAGCUCUGGGUAAGUUUCCAGUCCCAGAGCUGCAUAUGUUUGAUCACUUUUGUAAGAAAGAAGCAAAGCCAGAACCUCUGCUCUUGGGGGGCCAGCAGGAACAUGAGCUAAGUGGGCAGAAGGCAGUAGAACCUCACAAGGAACUGGAUGCCAGUCGAUUGUUUGGGGAAGCUUUGGAAUUCAACAGCCACCCCAGCAACAGCAUCGGAGAGCCCAAAGGGCUUGCCCCAGAGCUUGGUACCUGCUCAUCAGUACCCCCUCGGCAGCGUCUUAAGCCGGCUCACUCCAAACUGUCCUCUUGUGUUGCAGCCUUGGUGGCACUGCAGGCCAAAAGAGUGGCCAGUGCCACGAAAGAGGAUCAGUCUGGUCAUACAAAGGAUCCCUCAGGGCCUACUAAAGAGGGUUCUAAAGGCAGCCCCAAAAUGCCCAAGUCACCAAAGAGUCCCCGGAGCCCUCUGGAGGCCACUAGAAAAAGUAUCAAGCCAUCCGACAGCCCUCGGAGCAUCUGCAGUGACAGCAGCAGCAAAGGCUCCCCUUCUGUGGCUGCCAGUUCCCCACCAGCAAUUCCCAAAGUCAGAAUCAAAACCAUUAAGACAUCAUCAGGGGAAAUCAAACGGACUGUCACAAGGAUCCUGCCAGACCCUGAUGAUCCAAGUAAGUCCCCUGUUGGGUCACCUCUAGGGAGUGCCAGUGCCGAGGCCCUGAGCGAGAUGCCAGGGGAUGAGGGCACUCCCCUGCCUGCAGAGGAGCACUUUCCUGAGGUGGACACAAAUGCAGGGAGUCCUCAGGGUGACAGGAAAGGGGAUGAGAGCAUGACCAAGGUGAGUGAGUCUUCGUCUUCCUGCUGCAGCUCUGGGCCCCGGGUUCCAAAGGGGACUGCCCCAGGCUCAUACAUGGGCAAAAAGCAACAGCAAAGCUCAGCACUGCAGGCCUCCAGCCUGACUUCUGCCAACCUCCUGCCCAAAGCCGUCCACUUGGCUAAUCUGAACCUGGUCCCCCACAGUGUUGCUGCAUCAGUGACGGCCAAGUCCUCGGCACAGAGGCGGAGCCAGCCACAGCUCACGCAAAUGUCAGUGCCCCUUGUCCACCAGGUGAAGAAGGCCGCCCCACUGAUUGUGGAGGUCUUCAACAAGGUCCUCCACAGCGCCAACCCUGUGCCCCUCUAUGCACCAAACCUCAGCCCACCUGCGGACAGCAGGAUCCACGUUCCGGCCAGUGGGUACUGCUGCCUGGAGUGUGGAGACGCAUUUGCCUUAGAGAAGAGCCUGAGCCAGCACUAUGACCGGCGGAGCGUCCACAUUGAGGUGCUGUGCACUCUGUGCUCUAAGACACUGCUCUUCUUCAACAAAUGCAGCCUGCUCCAGCACGCCCGUGACCAUAAGAGCAAGGGGUUUGUCAUGCAGUGCUCCCAGCUGCUCGUGAAGCCCAUCUCUGCGGACCAAAUGUUUGUGUCAGCUCCCAUGAACUCCACAGCACCAGCAACCCUGGCUCCCUCAUCCUCCCCCAAACCUGGUCUCACUUCGGGCAGUGCCAGCCCUCCUCCUCCAGCCAUGCCACUCUACCCAGACCCUGUGAGGCUUAUCCGGUACGGACUCAAGUGUUUUGAAUGUCACAAGCAGAUGCAGGACUACAUUGCCCUGGCUGCACAUUUCCAGAGGAUGACAGAGGAAACCGAGGGGCUGACUUGCCAGGUAUGCCAGAUGCUGUUGCCCAACCAGUGCAGUUUCUGUGCCCACCAACGGAUCCACGCACACAAGUCCCCCUACUGCUGCCCAGAGUGUGGGGCUCUCUGUCGUUCCGCUUAUUUCCAGACCCAUGUAAAGGAGAAUUGCCUGCACUAUGCCCGCAAGGUGGGCUACAGGUGUAUCCACUGUGGUGUUGUCCAUCUGACCUUGGCCUUGCUGAAAAGCCACAUCCAGGAGCGGCACUGCCAGGUUUUCCACAAAUGUGCAUUCUGCCCUAUGGCCUUCAAGACUGCCAGCAGCACUGCGGACCACAGCACCUCCCAGCAUCCCACCCAGCCCCACAAACCCUCCCAGCUCAUCUAUAAGUGCUCCUGUGAAAUGGUCUUCAACAAGAAGAGGCACAUCCAGCAGCAUUUUUACCAGAAUGCCAGCAAGGCGCAAGUGGGUGUCUUCAAGUGCCCUGAGUGCCCACUCUUGUUCCCGCAAAAGCCGGAGCUGAUGCAACAUGUCAAGAGCACCCACGGUGUUCCUCGAAACGUGGACGAGCUGUCAAGCCUCCAGUCUUCAGUGGACACGUCCUCAAGUCGCCCUGGCUUUCGAGUUCCCACUGAGCCUCCAGCAACUAGUGUGGCUGCUCGGGGCAGCUCUCUGUCCUCUAGUCGCUGGGGCAGGACUGAAGCCCACCGCAGGGCAGAAGCCAGGCCCCGACUGAGGAACACUGGCUGGACCUGCCAGGAGUGCCAGGAAUGGGUUCCCGAUCGGGAGAGCUACGUGUCCCACAUGAAAAAGAGCCAUGGACGUACGUUGAAGCGGUACCCAUGUCGGCAGUGUGAGCAGUCCUUCCACACCCCUAAUAGCCUGCGCAAACACAUCCGCAACAACCAUGACACAGUAAAGAAGGUCUACACUUGUGGGUAUUGUACGGAAGACAGCCCCAGUUUCCCUCGGCCCUCCCUCCUGGAGAGCCACAUCAGCCUUAUGCAUGGUAUCAGAAACCCUGAUUUGAGCCAGACGUCCAAAGUCAGACCUCCAGGUGGGCCUCCCUCUCAGGUGAACCAUCUGAAAAGACCAGUCAGCAGAACAGGGGAUGCUCCAGGCACCACCAAUAGUGCGACUGUCUCUUCCUCCAAAAGACACAAGUCCCUUUUUCAGUGUGCAAAAUGUAGCUUUGCAACAGACUCAGGGCUCGAGUUUAAGAGCCACAUACCUCAGCACCAGACGGACAACUCCACAGCCCAGUGUCUUCUCUGUGGCUUGUGCUACACCUCUGCCAGCUCCCUCAGCCGCCACCUCUUCAUUGUCCACAAGAUGAGAGACCAGGAGGAGGAAGUAGAGGAGGUGGCAGAGCCGGCAGUAGAGGUGGCAGAGCCAGAAGAAGGCUCCGGGGAGGAGGUGGCCAUGGAUACCAGGGAGAAUGGACUGGAAGAAUGUGCUGGCGGGCCUUUGUUGGCUGACCCAGAGGCAAGGAGACCACUGGGUUCGGCCCCAGAGGAGGAUGCUGCCCAAGAUGCUCAGAGUCAACUACAGGCCUCUCAGAACCAGGACAGCCAUGCACCAUCCCCUUAG